AUGGAAGCUUUGGCGUUGGCGUUCUCGUGGUUGCGACGCGCUCCAAGCGCACAGGCAGAAAGCACACAGGCAAGCACACAGGCCACAGGAUUGAAGAUCCUCCUGGAAAUUCCUGGCGCAGCAGCAUCAGCGCGAUCGGACAAGCAAGCGGAGGAUUUCCCAGCACUGCCCUCGCAGCUCGAGGUCGAGGCAGUGAUCGCCAGCAGUGAUGCAGCAUCAAGUGUUCCAGAGUAUGAUGCACCACCAUUGGAGGAUUUGCAAGAGCCGGCGAUGAGCUUUGUGCGAGAGGUAGUGACUCCAAUCGAGCUGGAGGAUUACUUUGGUUCGUCCUCGGUAGCACCACCCUCACAGCUCGAGGCAGUGAUCACCAGCAGUGACCCAGCACCUAGUGGUCCCGAGUAUGAUCCACCACCAUUACCUGUACUCGAGGAUGAUUUGCAAGAGCCGGAGGCGGUCAUGGUUGGCACUGUGGAUUCAGUUCAGUAUUCUUCUUUUGGUGGCAAGACGACUGGACUCAACGAUGACGACGAUGAAAACCUGAGCUGGGAGGACAUCAAGAGCUUGUUUCGGACCUGGAGUCUGGAUUCACUGCGGUCGCCUCUCCCAUCGCUGGAGCUACCGUCCAAAGCUGAUAUGCACCUAGAGGUGGAGGAACUUAAGCAGCUGAUUGAGACCUGGACUUGGAAGUUACCGGAAACUCUUCGGUCCAUAAAAGCAGAAAUAUGGAGCAGGCUUUUGGACGCGGGCUUGGAGGAGGAUGAGGUGACGUCCCAGGAAUUAUUGGAAGAACUCAAGAACUUUCUGGGGUGGCAUCGAUUCCCAGUGAUCACUUCUCGGCUCCCAGUGAUUACCUCUCGACGGAUGCUACUGGAAGCAGCACCAGCUCCUCCCAUCAGCGAGAAUGGUCCUGUAUUCCACGGGGUGGAUCGCUUCAUAGCUCCACUGAGGCAGAAGUUUGCAGCAGUGCAAGAAGAUGGAGAAGAACAAGGUGGUAUUUCAUCGCCACCGGCUGCAGUCUUCUGGCAGAGCUUGCGAGGCGAUGGGACCAGCACCGUGAGAAAGCCUCCAGACAAGAAUAACGAAGAACUUGUGGCCGAGGAGUCAUCCUACACGGUGCUAAAGUCUCAUCAUGCAGCAGGAUUUCGAAAGUUGAGGCAAGCUGAUAUUUCAUCGACACCAGCUUCAGUCUUUUGGCGGAGCUUGCAAGGCGAUGGCACCAGCACCGUCAGGACGCUUCCAUACAAGAACAGUGCGGCAGCAAUGGCGAAGGAGUCAUCCUACAAGGUGCUAAAGUCUCAUGCAGCAGCAGGAUCAUCUCGAAAGUUACUGGCCAGGAGGGAAAUCGACAGGAGUGGUGACACUAAGAAAGCUAGCAGCAGCAGCAACAGUGGCAGUGCUUCACCAUCGCCACCACCUUCUAUGUGGCGGUGGUUCCCUCGAAGCUUGGACAAGGAUGGUGGGAAGGCCAAGAGGAUCAACACAGAAAAGUUUCAAGAAGUUGAAGAGACUUCAACAUCGACCUCUCAAAGUUUAUUGUAUGACGCCGGUAUGAGCAGCGGCAGUGUCAAUGAUUUCAUCGAGUUAUUUGAAGGAGAGGGCAUUAGCAGCAGCAAUGCCAUCCUGAGCUCGCUGUUGGAAGGCGAAGGCAGGGGCAACAAUGCAGAUCUUCAGCUGGCUUCCUCCAACGAUCUCAACUUACAGGCGACGGCUGUGGCAGCAACCCCGCUGCUUCUUCCAAUCCUUGCCGGGCUGCUGGUGGCGCUGCUCUUCCUCUUCUUCCUCUACCUCUUCUCGGUGAUCAGGAGGUCGUGGAGGAGGAAUAGAAGGCUCCUGCCUCACUGACUUCCAGGCUUGCGAUGGAAAUACAUCAGGAUGUGCAGUGGACAGGAUCAGGUUCUCGCAGGCAUGGCUAGGUACUUGGACCAAAACCUUGAAGGCGGUGGCUUAACACUAUGUGAUUUAAUCGGGAGUGAUGCCUUUUUCAUCGGCUGGAGAGAAGGUGGCUCUCUUUCUGCUGGAAGAGAAAAUGUGGGCGGAGAAAUCUUACAAAACAGAGGUUGCUGGUGGAUUCGGAUCUUGUCGGAUGCAAGCAACACAACUUUCUACACCGUUUGAUGGUGUAAGUGCAAGCUGGGAAGGAAGAUUUAGUGAUAUUUCUAUAUAUACUGAGUGUUUGUAGCAUUUAAACUUUGGUGAUUAGUUUUUUGUUUUCUGCACGAAAAAGUUGCUAAUGAAGACCAGUAACAUGGACGGCA